GCAACUCAAAACCCCAGUCCGGGUUUUUUUUUUUCUUUUGGGGUUUUAGGGUCACUACAAAAAUCUCUAUUGAACUUCUUCUUCAAUUGCUUCGUUGUGUUCAAAUUUUCCUCCAUUUUUUAUCUUCUAUGUCCGUUUAGUGCCCUAAUCUUGUUCUACAAGUCCAUCAAAACCUCACUAUCCAAGAUGCAGCAUGUCAGGAGAACCGGGUUUUCAUUGAAGACGAGGUGGUUGUUGUAUUCGAAUGUUGUAAAAUCAUGCAACAAGUUGGAUUCUUUCUUGGAAUAUGUGCCAUCAAGAAGCUUAUCUGAUGUGGGUAUCGGUCGUUUCUCGUCAAUGGCUGCUGAAAGUGCUGUUUUCAAUGUUUCUGCUAAAAGGGAACUGGUAAAAUCAGGUUGUGCAAGGAGAUCAGUAUAUUCUUCUUAUCCUGCUGCGAAGGUUAUUGAUGAACCUGCUGGAAUUCCUGUUCUUUACAGAAAUAGAAGGAGCACACAAUGCUUAAUGACCUUCAGAUCACCGUUUCAGCUUGUCAAUACCGCUGGCGUAAAUCCUCAAUCGUCUUGCUUUGCUAGAUCAUUUGCAUCAAAGGCUUCUGGAUCGAGGCAAAAGCAAUCAGAGGCUCGAAAGGAUGUUUCUACUGUUGAGGAUCCUUUUGAUGCUCCUACCUACAAUAUCCCAGAGAAGCCUGUGACGUUCACUGAGGGAGCUUCCUAUAGUCUUAUCAUUCUUGCUGGACUUGCAGUUGCUGGCGCUGCAGCAUAUGGAGUUUUUAAGGAACUCAUUUUUCAGCCAAAAGAGUACAAAAUUUUCAACAAAGGUCUCAAGAGGGUUCAAAAUGAUGGUCAAGUUAAGGCAAGAAUUGGAUCCCCUGUAACAGGCUAUGGAUCAGAAAGUAGAAAUCGUGCUGCGCGCCAACGCAUCCCUAAUAGGAUAUGGACUGAUGAAGAUGGAGUUGAGCAUGUUGAGGUCAAUUUUUAUAUUCGCGGACCACAUGGAGCUGGCAAGGUUUAUACAGAGAUGUUUCAAGACAAGGUGGAUAAGCAGUGGAAGUUCACAUAUUUGAUCGUUGAGAUCAAAUCACCUUCCCCAGCUCAACUGAUGCUCGAGUCGUAUGUACCUGCCUGAAUAUCAACGUAAGUACAUUGUAUGUUCUGUCCUGCUGCUAUAAUCGCGUGGAUGCAGUCGAUAUCCUCUAAACUUUUUUUCCAACUCCCCUGAGAGCUCUCAAGAUGACAGUUCUGAUGAUUUCAAGUUCUUUUAGUUGAGCCAUUGGCUCUGAUAACAGUUAGCAUUGCUGAGAAAGUAUUAGAAAGUUUACCUUUUAUCGGUCAUAAAAAAAAAUUGCAAGAAAAACUGUUAAAUUCUUUCAGAUGUAAGACUUUCUUGCAGUUCAAAUCCAAAGAAUUUUUGGAAUGA